AUGGGCGGCCAAGGAAGAGAAGGCGGCAAAGUCAAGCCCCUCAAGGCUGCUAAGAAGGAAAAGAAGGAGCUGGACGAGGAUGAGCUUGCCUACAAGGAGAAGCUGAAGGCGGAUGCCAAGGCUAAGAAGGACAUGCUUGACAAGGCCAAAGGCAAGGGCCCGUUGAACACCGGCUCCCAGGGCAUCAAGAAGUCCGGCAAGAAAUAA